CUACCCAUUUCCAGCCGAUGUCAUGAGUGAGGUAAAAGUGAUUCUUCAAAUGAGAAAGUCCCCGUGACUUGCAAUAUUUUCCAUAGAACUUACCUAUAAAUAAGGCCCAUCUAAGAUGCUUCCGGAAUUAUAGGCCAUAAAGGUGAAAGGUUCUUGGAGAGUUUCGACAAUUUUAGUACGCAGUUGAAGAUGUCGCUAUACGCGACCUCGCCGUGAGCUCAAUAUGUUUUCUAGCUCUACACAAUCUGAUGGCCGACUUAUGCGGAGACUUUCUAUAUUGCCAGAGAGAGAGAGCGAGAUAGCAACCACAGAAAAUCCAGAGGAUCAGAAUACAGCCCGAAAAAUAGAACUAUCAGAGGGCCGUGGCUUCCUAUUGAUCGGUCCAACUAACCAGUAUCGAGUCGAUUAUGUCUACGGCAACUCCAUUAAGUAUCGGAAUCUCGCUGGAAGGUACCUAACCAAAGCCAAGGGUUUCUGGGUCGUCUUCUUCGAUGGCAUGCGCUGGUAUCCCCCGGUACGUGAUGAAGUGAUCCAGAUCAAGUUCGGUCCUGGAACUAGCCAUUACGUCCCCCGUUUCAUCAAUAAACAAGGUGACGUCCUUGGAUCCUACAUGACAGUCCCCGAGUUAAGGCACGGGCCUCUAUUCUCUUUCAUACCACGAAACAGGCCAAUCUGGGAUAGUCACCUUACCACUAGCUCAUUCUACGAUAUACUCCAGGUUUCCUCCCAAUCCCAAGUAUACGUUAAGGAGUGCCGGGAGGAGAUGAUGGUGAUUCCUAACGGUCGGAUGAUGGUUUGGUAUACGGGAAGCUCAGGGGAACCACCUAUGCACUGUUGGAACAUGCUCCGACAACAUUUCCAGAGAAUCAACACUCCAGAACCUCUAGAGCAUCAUCCAAAUGCCGAGCGAGCACAAGAUGCCGAGGUUCCACGGUCAAUAAGGCAGAUAGCUCAAGAAAUAGGGGCUUUGUUCUGA